AGCACCCCAACUUUUUUGGCAAUUCACAAACAUUUCCACACCUCAUCCCCAAAGACCAACACUUUGAACUGUUAUCACUGACCCAUUGAGCUCACUAAUUGAGGGUUUUAAUGGCUGAAAAAAUCCUCCUCAAUGCCUGAACUAAUUUCCCCCAGCUACUAACACCAACUCCCCAUACAUCGUAAUUCGAUCCCUCCUCCGAUCGACCGAUCCAAUGGUAGCGGCGAAAAUGGAGAAACCGCCGGCGGAUCUGCUGGCGUCGUCCGGCGUCAGCUCCCUGCUGAAAUCCCUCAAGCUGAAAACGAAGCAGCAGGAGCUGUUGAUCCGCGUCACGAUCCUCGGCCUGAUUUACGUCCUGGCGUUCAUCACGCGUUUGUUCAGCGUCUUGCGCUACGAGAGCAUGAUCCACGAGUUUGACCCUUACUUCAACUACCGAGUCACUCAGUACUUGACUCAGAAGGGGUUUUAUGAGUUCUGGAACUGGUUUGAUUCGGAAAGCUGGUACCCUCUUGGAAGGAUUAUUGGUGGGACUCUGUACCCUGGGCUCAUGGUUACAGCUGCGUUUAUUUUCUGGACUCUACGCUUUAUAGGUUUUGCUGUUCACAUCCGUGAAGUUUGUGUGCUCCUUGCUCCGUUUUUUGCUUCCAACACUACUCUUGUUGCCUACUUCUUUGGGAAACUGUUAUGGGACUCUGGGGCUGGACUUGUAGCAGCUGCAUUUAUUGCUAUUUGCCCUGGUUAUAUUUCGAGGUCGGUUGCGGGAUCGUACGACAACGAGGGUGUCGCUAUAUUUGCAUUGCUUCUUACUUUCUAUUUAUUCGUCAAGGCUGUGAAUACAGGCUCACUUUCUUGGGCUCUGGCCUCAGCUUUUGGGUACUUCUACAUGGUUUCGGCAUGGGGUGGUUAUGUCUUCAUUAUCAAUCUGAUUCCACUAUAUGUGAUGGUACUGUUGAUUACUGGGAGAUACUCAAUGAGGUUAUAUGUGGCUUAUAAUUGCAUGUAUGUUCUGGGAAUGUUGCUAGCAAUGCAGAUCCGUUUUGUUGGCUUUCAACAUGUGCAAUCUGGGGAACACAUGGCAGCAAUGGGUGUGUUUUUCUUGUUGCAGGUGUUUUACUUUUUGGGUUGGGUCAAGUAUUUGUUAAAUGAUCCAAGGAAGUUUCACACAUUCCUGAGAGUCACAGUCACCAGUGCUGUGGGUUUGGGUGCCAUAGCUCUAGGAGUUGGCACUGCAUCUGGUUAUAUUUCUCCGUGGACUGGUCGGUUUUAUUCCCUGCUGGACCCAACUUAUGCUAAGGAUCACAUCCCCAUAAUUGCAUCUGUUUCUGAGCAUCAACCAACAGCAUGGUCAUCAUUCAUGUUUGAUUAUCAUAUUCUGCUAAUUCUAUUCCCAGCUGGUUUAUAUUUCUGCUUUAAGCGUUUGUCGGAUGCCACUAUAUUCAUAGUGAUGUAUGGUCUCACUAGCAUGUAUUUUGCUGGAGUCAUGGUGCGCUUGAUACUUGUUGCUACGCCUGCUGUAUGCCUUAUUAGUGCCAUUGCAGUCUCAGCCACUAUAAAAAGUUUAACCCAGCUUGUCAGGGCAAAGAGCAAACCUGCUUCUGUAGCGUCCGGUAAAGGAGCAUCUAGCACCAAAGCUUCUUCUAAGGGGUCAGUGGAUCAGUCGAUGCCUUUCCAGAGAAAUGGUGCUGUUGCUUUGCUUCUUGGAGCAUUUUACCUGCUUAGCAGAUAUGCUAUUCAUUGUACUUGGGUUACAUCAGAAGCAUAUUCAUCUCCAUCAAUCGUUCUAGCAGCCAGGGGUGCUCAUGGUAACCGGGUCAUAUUUGAUGAUUACCGUGAAGCUUAUUUUUGGCUGCGACAAAACACUCCUGCAGAUGCGAAGGUGAUGUCCUGGUGGGAUUAUGGAUAUCAGAUUACUGCCAUGGGGAACAGAACUGUUAUUGUAGACAAUAACACUUGGAAUAACACACAUAUAGCUACUGUUGGACGUGCUAUGUCAUCCUAUGAGGACGAAGCAUAUGAGAUAAUGAGAUCACUGGAUGUCGAUUAUGUAUUAGUGGUCUUUGGAGGUGUAACUGGUUAUUCUUCUGAUGAUAUCAACAAAUUUUUGUGGAUGGUGAGAAUUGGAGGUGGAGUUUUCCCUGUAAUUAAGGAACCUGACUAUCUUGUCAAUGGAGAGUACCGUAUCGACAAAGGCGCAGCUCCAAAGAUGUUGAACUGUUUAAUGUACAAACUAUCUUACUACCGAUUCGGUGAACUGACAACAGAAUAUGGAAAGCCUCCUGGAUAUGACAGGGCACGGGGGGUCGAAAUUGGAAAUAAAGACAUAAAAUUGGAACACUUGGAGGAGGCUUUCACGACAUCAAACUGGAUCGUGAGGAUUUACAAGGUGAAGCCGCCUAACAAUAGGUGGUGAACUGGUGACCCACACUCACACUCUCUUGCAGCGGGACAAUAGGUGUUACUGUAGUGCUGAGUCUCUUAUGGAUAGGUUUAUUUAAGACCUUUUUGGAUUUCUGUUGUGAGAUUCAAUGCGAAACUUGUGUGGUUGUUUUUCGAGAGAUUUUGUAGUUGUACCUUUUGCCUCAGUAAUGUUAACAAAAAGAAGUUCGAUAAAUGCGUUUUGUAAUGGUAGCAAUCAUGGCAUUAAUAUCCUUUGUUGUUGAAACAUUUGCGUUUGAAGAGAACUGAAUCUUGAUUAGUUAGUAACAAAUUAAUUGUCUAAUAAGUGUAAUAGCUUACAAUAUUUGUAAUAAUGCACACGAAAGUAGCAGCAAGUUUG